GCCCUCCUCGAAGUCGGCGGGUGCUGCGUGAGCGCUCCGAGCUGCUGUCGCCUGCCUGGGUUCUCAACGCGGUCUUUGUCCCUCCAGCUUUGUUCUCGCCGCGCUGGCGUCGUCCUCGCCCCCUUCGCCGCCUGCCCCGCGCGCCCGGGCCUUGCCCGCCAUGGUGGCCAGGCCCGAGCCGGAGGUCGAGGCCAUGGACGCUGAGCUGGCGGUGCCGCCGCCGGGCUGCUCGCACCUGGGCAGCUUCAAGGUGGACAAUUGGAAGCAAAACCUGCGGGCCAUCUACCAAUGCUUCGUGUGGAGCGGCACUGCCGAGGCUCGCAAGCGCAAGGCAAAAUCCUGUGUCUGCCAUGUCUGCGGCAUCCAUCUGAACCGGCUACACUCUUGCCUCUACUGUGUCUUCUUUGGCUGUUUCACAAAGAAGCACAUCCAUGACCAUGCCAAGUCAAAGCGGCACAACCUGGCCAUUGACCUGAUGUACGGAGGUAUUUACUGCUUCUUGUGUCAGGACUACAUCUAUGACAAAGACAUUGAAAUCAUUGCCAAAGAGGAGCAGCGCAAGGCUUGGAAGAUGCAGGGUGUUGGAGAGAAGUUUUCAACUUGGGAACCAACUAAGCGGGAGCUGGAGCUGCUGAAGCACAACCCAAAGAGGCGGAAGAUCACCUCCAACUGCACCAUAGGUCUGCGUGGACUGAUCAACCUGGGGAACACGUGCUUCAUGAACUGCAUUGUGCAGGCGCUGACCCACACACCGCUUCUGAGAGACUUCUUUCUGUCAGAUAGGCACCGCUGUGAGAUGCAGAGCCCCAGCUCCUGCCUGGUCUGUGAGAUGUCCUCUCUCUUCCAGGAGUUUUACUCGGGGCACCGCUCCCCACACAUUCCAUACAAGCUGCUGCACCUGGUGUGGACGCAUGCCCGGCACCUGGCAGGUUAUGAGCAGCAGGAUGCACACGAGUUCCUCAUUGCAGCCCUGGACGUCCUCCACCGGCACUGCAAAGGUGAUGACAAUGGGAAGAAAGCUAACAACCCUAACCACUGCAAUUGCAUCAUCGACCAGAUCUUUACGGGUGGGCUCCAGUCUGAUGUUACAUGCCAAGUCUGCCACGGGGUCUCCACCACCAUAGACCCCUUCUGGGACAUCAGUUUAGACUUGCCUGGUUCUUCCACCCCGUUCUGGCCCUUAAGCCCAGGGAGCGAGGGCAGUGUGGUUAAUGGGGAGAGCCACGCAUCUGGUACCACCACUCUCACAGACUGCCUGCGAAGAUUCACCAGACCAGAGCACUUAGGAAGCAGUGCCAAGAUCAAGUGUAGCGGUUGCCAUAGCUACCAAGAGUCCACUAAGCAGCUCACCAUGAAGAAGCUGCCCAUUGUGGCCUGCUUCCAUCUCAAACGAUUUGAACACUCAGCCAAACUUCGGCGGAAGAUCACCACUUACGUGUCUUUUCCCCUGGAAUUGGACAUGACGCCCUUUAUGGCCUCCAGCAAGGAGAGCAGGAUGAAUGGGCAGUACCAGCAGCCCCUGGACAGUCUCAACAACGACAACAAGUACUCCUUGUUCGCUGUCGUUAACCAUCAAGGGACCUUGGAGAGUGGCCACUACACCAGCUUCAUCCGACAGCACAAAGACCAGUGGUUCAAGUGUGAUGAUGCCAUUAUCACCAAGGCCAGCAUCAAAGAUGUGCUAGACAGUGAAGGGUACCUACUCUUCUAUCAUAAACAGUUCCUGGAAUAUGAGUAGCCUCCUGCCUUGCUGGCCAAAAAACGAGAGAGAGAACAAGUUGGCAAGCUUCCUAACAUGAUCCCUGAUCCCCCACAUCAGAACACCAUGGUAUUCCUCCUGUGCAGGCGAGCCUCACACAUCAGAACACCAUGGUAUUCCUCCUGUGCAGGCAAGCCUCGCACAUCAGAACACCAUGUAUUCCUCCUAUGCAGGCGAGCCUCGCACAUGGCCGGCCUGCACUAGGAGAUGCAGGUGGGGCAUGCCCUUCAUGGGAGGAGCUGCCUCACCAGCACCUGUCUUCAACCCUGUAGGCUGGGGAUGGAUGUCUUCAGAGCAGACCAACCUCUGCCUGGUGCUUCCCCCUGCCAUCCCACAUGGGUUUAAAAGGCACCUGCCUCCUUGAAAAUGAGCCCAUGGAGCUAUAGAGUGGGCAGAGGUGAUGCCAGAGGGCACAGUGCUUGCAGCAGCCCUCUGGCAUGAAGGGCAGAGGAUGUGUCUUUCUACAAUUUUUGUAAGAUAGCCCCGGGGCCCAGGUUGAGGCCACCCACAGGCUACAAAUACAUCUGUCCUACAGAUAACUUAGCAUCAACUGCAUGUGGAAGCAUCAGCUCAGAGGUUUCCUUUGUUCUCUAGUAAUAGGCAUCUUCUUACCUCUACCCCAUCGCUCUUUUCCACAGUGGUGAAUUUCAUAAACGUGAUCAUAGUGACGGGAAUGAUUAUUGAGUUUAUAUGGAAUUCUAGAUGAUGCUCUUCCCUUCUGAGAGCAUCUUGCUUUUUGAUCAGUGUUGUUUCCUUGCCCUGUGCCCUGCCUUCCUUCCCACACAGUUAGCUGGUGGCCAGGCAGUGGAGAUCAGGGUCCCUGUUAUCUUGAUCUUCGCAGCAGAUUCCUUGGUGGUUCCAUUGACCCAAUCUUCCUAUGUUUCUUAUUGGUCUCUGGUCUUUUUGCCUGCCAGGGAGGCUUAGUGGCUGCGUGAGAUUUGAAGCUGAGUGGUUCAGGUGGAGACUGCAUUGCAUAGUGUCACCCACUUGCCUCCAUUCUGUGUUCACUAGAGUUUCAGUUACAGCCAGAAUAAGAAGACUCCAUCACCAGUUCUGCUGGCAGGGUCAGUCAUGAAGUUUAUUGUAAGAUAUUUUGCAUGUAUCUCUGGACAAGGCCUAGGUUGUCCACUUCUAAGAAACUGAAAUCUAGGGUCUUGGUGUUUCUCCUUAUACCACUGCCUUUUCAGUGGUGCUUGCCCAGGGGCCUGUUGGCAUCCAUCCCAGGAGUUUCAGGACAAGUAUUUCCUAAGAGCCAGGCUCUGAGCCGUAGGUCCAUAGCAAGUAACACGUGCAUCAUGUUUGCAUAGCAAGUAUGGCUUUGAUUUAAAUUACAUAUAAUUAUGUGUACAGAUUUUUUUUUUAACUAUUUGAAAAUAAGAUUUUUUUUUUCACUUACAGGCUAUAAAAGAGAGUAGUACAGGGUCCAGCCCAGCUCCUUAGCUAAUUGUGAUGGAGUGAGGUCACUGUGGCAGAACUAAGUGGCCGCUGCUCAAUCGGUGUGAAAAUCACCUGAAGUCAGGGACAGCAAAAGCUUUGUCAUGUGGUGACACUUGCCCUGUUCUUCUCUGGUGUGUUUCUGUUUCUGCAAGUAAAGAGCAGACUUGAAGCAUGUUUUAGAAAAAUGCUUUUUUUUAGUAUGGCUGAGCCUAGAUUCUUAGACAUGGACCCAUGUUUGUGGGACUCUGCUGUGGAGAUGCCCUUGGGGCAGCACAUUGUAUUUGAAUAAGUCCACAUGAAAGACUUCACUGCAGUUGCCUAUGGGAACCAGAACCCCAAGCUUCAUGAAGGUCUCCUUGACACUCCAGUGGAUGGGACAUCCAGAGCAGGGGAGAUGAGCAGGUGUGCUGGCCAGGCCUGCUUCCUCUGUCCCCACAGCACACAGCCCAUUUCUUCCUGUAUUUGGGGCACUAAGGAGGACAACAAUUAUUUUCUGUCAUUGUGACUUUAACCUUUUAUAUCUGAAAGCAUUCCCCUCCUUCACCCUGGUUUUAACAUUCUAAACACUUCACUCUGUACCUGUGGCAAGGUCAACCAACUCCAUGACUGCCACACAUCCAUCUGGCCCUACCUCUCUGUCCUGUCCUCAGCAUGGUGUCUCCACUAGACGGGUGUGUGUGGAUGACUAGGGAACAGUGUAUUUGAGCAAUGGGCUUGGGAAGUUCUUUCAGUUCCCACUCUGGAUAGCAAGGCAGGAAAAGGGUCUCCUAUCGAAGAACUACCUAGUAUAUGUGCUCAGAUGGUUACAAAGUGCAUCUCACCACAGGGCUGCAUUGCCCACCUCGGUCUAGAGAGUGAGCAGACCUCUUCAUAGACUGCUGGCACCAGCGUCACAGGAGAGUAAGGUAGCCCUCUUGAAAUGUCCUCAAUGAGAGGUUAAGGCGUUAGAUGGCUCUGCGAUUCCUCUCCAUCCCAGAAGUCCCCCUCAAGCUGGGCACUACCUGAGCAUCCCACGCCAUGUGAACCUGUUGUAUUUGGCUCAGUGUGUAUGCUUUUCCUUGUAUAAAAUCAUUGUUUUUGA